AUGGUCAAAAUGUUAAAGUUGGCUAUUCUGCUCAUCGUCGGCGUUAUUGCGAGACAGGCAUACGGCGAUGCACCUGAAGCUAUCGUGGGUGGCAACAUAGCAACGGAAGGUCAAUUUCCAUAUCAAGUCUCUCUUCAAACGUUCAGGCUACAUAAUUGCGGGGGUUCCAUUAUUAGUGAUAGACAUAUUGUCACCGCUGCUCAUUGCGUUGAUAAUCGGUUUUACAACAUGUUCCUGACUGUUGUAAUCGGAACCCACAAAUUGGAAAAUGGCGAAAAGCACAGUGUUAAGUGUAUUCGAGUGCACCCAGACUAUACUGGUAAAAUCGAAGACGCCUGGAAGAACGAUAUCGCCGUUAUUACUUUGAAAGAGCCAAUUACAUUUAGCAACCUGCAAAAUAAAAUUCCUCUAGCGACACAAGAUUACACGACUGGAAGUUAUCUCGGAAUAACUAGUGGAUGGGGACAGACUAGCGUAGGCUCAGACCCUUCGCCGAUAUUGAAAUGGCUUGAAGUAAACGUUUUGAGCAGUUCGGAUUGUUUGAAAGCGCAUAAACUUCCACCGACUAAUACAAAACAAAUAUGCACCUUAAAGAGAGAGCACGGUGUCUGCUCAGGUGAUAGCGGCGGUCCUCUCGUGAUCAACGGCGAACUUUGUGGUGUCACCUCUUGGGUCAUACCUUGCGCUCGGAAUAUACCUGAUGUAUUCACUAAUAUCUACUACUAUCUGGACUUUAUCACCGAAUGUCAAAGCUUUACCGGUAAUAUAAUUGAAGACGCUGCGAAGGACGAUAUUGCUGUUAUUACUUUGCAAAAGCCGAUUAUAUUUAACAAAGUCCAAAGUUCGAUUCCUUUAGCAACACAAGAUUACACAACUGGAACCUAUACUGCAAUAACUAGUGGAUGGGGACUGACCGACUUUAAAAAAAAUAAAUCUUCUCCGCAACUGAAAUGGCUCAAAGUGAACAUUUUGAGCAAAUCAGACUGCUUAAACGCGCAUGAAGGUAUACAGAUGAAUUCGAAACAAAUAUGCGUUUUUGAAAAGAAAGGGCAAGGUGUCUGCUCAGGUGACAGUGGCGGUCCUCUCAUAGUCAAUGGCGAGCUCUGUGGUAUUACCUCUUGGGGUGCAGAAUGCGCUUCGGGUAUGCCUGAUGUAUUUACUAAUGUCUACUGCUAUUUGGACUUCAUCAAGGAAUGUCAAAAAACCUGCUGA